AUGUCAUUAUCUCCAGCUCCAUCAACAACAUCCAACAGUGAUACAGGAAGCGUCUAUCAUGAAGACGAAAUAUUGAGUUGCCUUUGGAAAAAAUGUAAUCGGCAAUUCGAUGACGCAGAAUCUUUGUAUUCACAUCUCUCAGUUGAUCAUGUGGGUAGAAAGUCUACAGGAAAUUUGUGUUUAGAAUGUCAUUGGGAUGAUUGUGAUGUUAGAACCACAAAAAGAGAUCAUAUUACUAGUCAUCUUAGAGUUCAUGUUCCUUUGAAGCCACACAUCUGUGAGAAAGCAUUUAAACGUCCACAAGAUCUAAAAAAGCAUUAUAAAAUACAUAGCGAAUACCAUCAACAACAAUUAACAAAUUUAAAGAAUCAUCGUAUUACCAAGAAACUUCUCAUUAAAUUUGAAUCACCUUUAGUAAUAAUGACAACAUCGGAAUAUACUACGCCUCCAUCUCCUUCAAAUAUUGACCCUGAAGAAAUUGGAGAAACUUUCCAUAAAUUUGGAUUUGAUCAAAGUGAUAAUGAAGAUGAAGAUAAAAAGGAUAAUAAUGAGAAAUUGGAUAAAGAAUCAUUAGGAAGAGAACAUUAUGAAAAUGUUGGGAAGAGUUCAUUACGUCAAAAUUUACAAUUUAAUUUAAAUGAUCCAAAAUAUGCUGGUAAACAAAGUAGUAGAAAAAAUAUUUUUGGAGAUUUUUCUGAAUUAAAGGAUUACUUAGAUAUAAAUGAAGAAUUAUCUGAACUCACUGAUUUCGAAGAAGACAAAGGAUUAUCUGAAGAAUUUUAUGAUUUCGAGAAUACAGAUGAUGAAGAGUCAUCUGUAUACUCAGCAUCACGUAAAUCUUUAGAUGAAUCUCUAAAUAAAUCUUUAGAUAAAUCUUUAGAUAAAUCUGAUAAAUCUUCAAUUGUUAUAAACGAAUUGAGAAAAAUUGAAAAUGAAGAAAGGUAA